CAAGUGCGAUUUUCUCAGAAAACGCUGCUUGAAGUAAUCUUCUUAAUCAUAUACACUCCAGUUUAUUAAAGCAUACUACUAGACUGCCUACAAUAAAAAAAAAAUCGAGGAAGCUGUUGGCGUCCUUUCUCGUCAUUCACUGUUCGUUAUGACCUCGAUUAUAAAAGAAGGAUGGAUGACAAAAGAAGGAGCUGUACGCAAGUCGUGGCGUCGUCGCUGGUUUAUUCUCUACGACAGUCGUAUUCUCAGUUACUACGCUAACGAACGCCUUCUAAGCUCGCCGAAAGGAACUGUUGACAUGGCAAUUGCAACUGCCGUCGUUCCAAAGCAUCUGGCUGGCUCUACCGGCUGGCCUGGCUCCGCUGGCGAAGAGAGAUCGUUCGGAAUAGUAACUCCUGAGCGCACGUUUCGCGUUUUUACUGAUACUGAGUCUGAGAGUCGCGAGUGGAGAAAGGUGCUGGAAGACAUGAUCAACAGAGUAGAGUCUGAUAGUGAUUCAUAGCAUGCACUGCUGCGCGUGCAAUGCGACCUUUGCACGUUUGAGAUUGGGUAUAGAGUGGUGAACCGUCUGUACGUUAUGGAGACUUGGACAUGCAGUCGAUUGGUACUGUGUGAAAUCCUGAAUUUAUGAAAUUGCAUGUACGUACGUUUGUAGUUGUAGCAGUAAAUGAUACAGCAGACCUCGUAGAGUACACUUAGAACUACAUCGCAGUCUAGUCUUUUGUUGUAUCGUAAAGUUUCACAGAUAUUUGUUUGAAUUUGGAAAAUACACAAUACAUCAGAUGAAUGUACAGUAGUUGUACAUGCAUGCUCGUUGCUUGGGCAAUUAUGUGGGGAAACUGGACUGGACAUAAAUGUGUGUGACAUCUUUUAUUGAAUGGAAUAAAGAUUAAUUAAACUACGCUCGGCAAUGAACUAAUAUUUCAGCUUGAGGAAUUUGGGAUUGGGAUAAAUAAUAAUUUACAAGUUUGACAGCUAGCGGUGUUGUUGGUAAUGUGACUUUAAUUAACUGUAAUAUCUUAC